GUUCUACCAGCUUCAGGACGUGUCGGGCAGUGCUUUGUCUAUGCCACACAGUAGAGGACCAUCCAUGGAGGUUACUCUUACUCAAAAGGAGGCCAACGCUCCCAAGCAGGACCCACGAAACGGGACUUCGCAGGCGCAUGUGUCUGGGCGGGGACGCGCUCAACGCGCAGAGGAGGACAGCCAAGGGACGGCGGCAAAGCUGACGGAGGCCGAAAAAACUCUCCAGAAGCUGAACGAAGAUCGUGCUCAGUUACGACAAAUCACUCAAAACCUUGAGGAGCAUUUUCGGGCGCUUCAAAAGGAGUUUCAGCGGGAGGAGCAGGCUCGACAGGAGUCCCGUCAUGCACUUGCAACCGCACAGAAGAAGCAUGAGCUCACGGUAGAAUUGCUGCAAACCAGGACCGCGGAGUUGCAGGAUGCGCAAAAGUACCUAGGCAAAAACGACGGUGUCUCGGAUGCGGAUGUGGUCGGAUCUCUCGAGGCCCUGAACUCACAGAUAUUCCAGAUGGCCGCCCGAUUGGCGGGGACAUUGGAAUAUAGACCCGAGAGACGCGCUGCAGGUCCGGGGGCGAAGGGAGUGGGGGACACAGAGCAUUUCGUGGGCAGAUCCAUGGUUGUUCUCCUUCUUGAGCAGCCACACCACAAAGAUCCCAUCUGUGUCCAGAUUGCGCUGCAGGCGAUGUUCGUGUCUCGUCUCAACAACGUUAUUGCAGCAUGGAGUUUCACAAAUCAGGAGCAUGAAAACAUUUUCCAGGAAAUCUAUCUGCGGCUCAGGCGCGGCGAGAACCAAACUGUAUUCGGUCGCUGGCGCGCUCUCAGCAGAGGUUAUCUCGACACACUGUCCAAGGAGGAAGACACCGUGACAGUGGUCCAGAACUACCUCGUUCGAGGCGUAACGGACGUAGUGGUGACCUCUGGGUCCGCUCUGGGUCCGGAAUGCCUCGGACAACUUCUGAAGAACCAAUAUGGAGGCAAGCUUAAGUCGAUUGUCCUUGCCGCUCUCGAGAUACGGAAGGUCAUAGGAGAACGCGUCAUUUCUUGCGACAUAGAAGUAAUUGGCAACUUCUAUGACGUGCCCUUCGACCCAAAGACCAUGGAGGACGAGUAUGCCAGCAACAAGGAUAAGCAUGCAGGACCUUCGUCACGGAAAAUCCGCGUGCUGUGCGCGACGAGUAUGGGAUGUCAGAGAAUCGGGCGAGGUGCUGAGGAUGAGACGCGCGUGGUAUUGCUGUUAAAGCCAAACAUCGUGUUGGAAACGGUCGUGAAAGAGUUGCAGAUUUCCGAGAAGCAUUCUGCUGAAUCCAAAAAACUGCGAGGCGAAUCUAAAUAACUUCCAUGGAGUGAUUGUUUCAAGCGAUGAAUACGCACGUUGCCCGUAGCGAGGGUGUAGUUGCCUGCGUCAGAUGGAUGACCGAGGCUGUGAACGGUGAGUUUGAUGUGGUAGGUAGGACGAACGUUGCGCCAGGUGUGGCACGCAGGAGAAGGGUCAAAUUACGUAAUAUAUAGCCAAAUAUCCAAAAUGCCAGAUUUAGCUUAUUUUCU